AUGGGAUCGUGCCAAAGUCAAGAAAAUCAGGAACUGGCCGCUCGUAACAAAGCUAUUGAGAAGCAGAUUAACCAGGAUAAACGAGCCGGGUCAAGUAUCGUCAAAGGUUACGUGCUUCCCGGAUGUCCUUCAUUAAUUGUUAACGAUUGCAGAAUUCUUCACAGCAAUGGAUUCACAGAAGAGGAAAUUAAUGAAAAGAAAUCAAUUGUGUACAAUAAUGUCGUCACGUCAAUGUGCACAAUUCUCAAGGCAAUGGAUAAUGUGCUUCACAUUCCUUUAGAGGAUGGCGAGAAAGAG